UCAGUCAGUUGCGUCGGCGCGUUCGAACCUACAACACGUCUGUAUUAAAAAAACGAAAGAAAAAAACUAAAACUUCGUUUUUUAAAACCGGAAAACGGAAAAAAGUGAAACUUCUGUGAUAAACUAAUAAUAAUAAUAAUUACCUGAUUAUAUACUAUUUAUGACUUAAGUAAUAUUACUUAAGUAAAGUGAUUUAAGUCAAGUUGGAUCUCAUUGGAUUACAUAUUACUAUUACCUGCACGAGUACAAUUAGUGUGCGUAGUGACUUAUUGCAGUUAAUUGUGUGCUAACUGUAAGUUAAGUCAAGUGCAAGUUGCGCGGAGUUAAGUACAAGUGGUUUCGCAAAGUGGCAGCUUCUUUGUGUAACCCAAGUGACCCAAGUGACCCAAGUUCCUAAGAAAGACAUCAUCAACCAUCGGUGGUUCGAUUGUGAUGGGUGGCUACUAGUUACUAGCACUGCUGGGUCUAGUGAAGUGACUUAAGUCAUAAUGGCGAAAAUGUCCGCGGCGGGACACAAAGGUUCCGGGCAUAGUUUGAGCAAUAGUUUUCUAGAUUUAGCAGCUAUUCGUCGCCUCCUAGACGCCGAAACCGGCAACCUAAACUGCCCGAGUUGUGCGAUGCCGUUCGACAAAGGCAAAAAGCGUCGUUUAAUUGACAACUGCGGCCAUGAACGUUGCUAUUCAUGCAUGUUCACCAACGAAAAGUGUCCACUGUGUCAUCCCGGCAGUCUUAUCCUUCAGAAACCAAGUUAUUUAUCGCCCACAACUCAAACAGAUCUACCAACGACGCCAUUACAACAACGAAAACUCGGCAAUUCAAGCCUCCGAGGCUCCGAAAUCACCCUCUACGGUGAAAUAACCCCGUCAUCAAUGCAAAACAGUAUGACCAGCAGUAUUACCUCAUCCGGGGGCGGUAAUCCCACCGGAAGUUGCCGAAACAAAGUGAAAACCAACGGCCAUUUCACAACCUACAUGCAAGCACGUGAUAUGACCUCUUCCAUCGAGAUGGCGCACCCGGAAAAACUGCCCAAAACACGCCCAAGCAAUGCAAAGAACUCAGUAAUGACACAAAGCUGCCCCACGCCGCCCCAAUCACGCCGGCGGUACUUAAGCCCCAAAGCCCUUCGGAGUCCAUUUGUACAACGAGCAGCCAGUCGUCAAACAUCCGCAGACUCCGCAUUUUCAGUAAAUCGAAUGUCUUCGUCGACUACUUCUGCAUCGGACGCCAAGCACUGGCCGAGUACACUUUUAGGGAAGAUUCGGUCGCUGUGGUCAGCGGGGAAUAAUGGGAUUAAUACUGGACUUAAUCAACUCAUAUCAGACGAUGAUUGCGCAGACAACAAACCCUCCACAAAGAAAUCCUCCGAAGAUAUGUACAUGCGCCUUGGUCUCCUCUUGGGAGACGGUGCCAGACGUGCCAAAAGAAACGGAGGAAGCGCCGGAGCAGAUUCCUGCUCCUCCCUGGCAAGCUACGACACAGGAGCUGUCAUGUCCACCAACACCUCCCCAGUCUCCACCCUUACAGGGUCCUCUGAAGAUCAAAUGCGUAUUGCUGCGGGUUCAGACAGCGUCGGGUCCCUGAUGUCAAUGUCCAUGUCAGGACAAAGCAACUGUUCAUCCAGUCCUAUGAUUAGUAGAAGACACAGUGUUACAACAGGACCUGUUGAUGACCUAGCAAUGUUCCAAUCACGACGCACCUGUGUCCGCCGAUCUGCACGCACAGCAAAGGAACAAUCAAAGACCUCAUCAAUUGAACAACACCUAACCCGCCUUCCACACUACCGCCCCCCACAACUAACCCUCAAACCCUUGUUCUUUGAAGUCCCACUCCAGGAACCAGAUCCCUUAUUCCUGGGCCGUCAGUGGUUGAUCAAAGAAAUCAGCGAGAUUGUUACUCAUUCAACACCCGGGGUCCUGUUAUCUGGUAACCCUGGAACUGGUAAAACUGCUCUGAUCCUCCAACUGGUCGAAUACAGUUGUUUUGGGCGUCGGAAGGAGAACCUCUAUCAACGCAUCGAAAAAAUCCACUCUCCUGAUCGGUCAAGGUCACCUUUGUACUACCAAGUGGACAACCAUCAUACCACUGAUAAACUACGCCAGUUGGCUAAUCAAGUGGUUGCCUACCACUUCUGUCAAGCAGAUAACAACAACACCUGCCUGGUUCCUGACUUUAUUCACUCUCUAGCUGCACAGUUGUGUCAAGCGCCAUCUUUGAUUGCAUACAGGGAUCACCUCCUGAAUGAACCACACCUUCAAGGUGCCCUUUCCCUUAGGGAAUGUAUAGUCAACCCUGAUUUGGCUUUCUGUAGAGGUAUCCUUGAACCCUUGUCGAGUUUAAGACGAAUUGGGAAGAUAGACACUCCGAAUUGUGUUAUCUUGGUUGAUGGUCUCUGUGAAGCAGAAUACCAUAGACCUGACCAUGGUGACACCAUCACUUCUUUUAUUGCGAAACACAUCGCGCAGUUUCCUUCAUGGUUGAAGGUCAUAGCCACGGUUAGGACACAAUUGUCAGAGGUUACUAAAACCCUUCAAUUCACAAGGAUAUCCUUGGAUAAUGUCAUCAACAAUGAACACCUUCAAAGGGAUAUCUUGGACUACGUCAACUUCCGGUUGAGUAACAGUCCCAGUAUACAAACCAACAUCACUGCGACCAAUGUGGUGAAAGUGGAUGUCAACCAGACCAAGUUCUGUCAACACCUUGGGGGUUUAUCACAUGGGUCCUUCCUGUUUGCGAAGUUGACUCUUGAUUUGUUGGAAAGGGGACACCUGGUUGCUAAAUCCAGUGGGUUUAAGGUCUUGCCUGUGACCUUGGCACAGAUUUAUCUUUUACACUUCAAUCUGAGGUUCCCUACGGUGAGGUCCUUUGAAAAGGUGACCCAUAUACUCAGUGUGUGCCUGGCUGCUUUAUACCCUUUGACCUUGGUUGAGAUUUACUAUUCUGUGAAUGCCCUUUUGGUGGAUUCCUUCCUCCCAUGGCCUGAGUUUCUUCAGAGGUUCAAAUUACUCUCUGGGUUUCUGGUUAAACGUCUGGACAACACCUAUAUGUUCUUCCACCCUUCAUUCAGGGAGUGGUUGAUUCGUAGGGAUGAUAAUGAAAGCCCAAAGUUCCUCUGUGACCUACGUGCGGGUCAUUGUGGGAUAGCUUUCAGGUUAUCCAGAGUCCAAGCACCUUUAGACUCAGAAAAGACCCUGGAGUUAGGCCAUCACAUCCUAAAGGCCCAUGUGUACAGAAACAUGACCCUAAAUGAGUUUGAUUUGACCUCGAGGGAUCUACAAGCUUUCUGGUUAGCCCAGACUUCCCAGGAAGUCUCAGAAGGUGUUAGUAACCUUAGAAACAUCUACAGCCCCAAUGUAAAGGUCUCCAGGUUACUGUUACUCUCGGGAGCUGACCCUAAUCACAUCACAGAAUACCUAGGCAAUGCCCCCAUACUUUGUAUGUAUGCCAAUGAGGGUAUACAAUCAAUGAUCUCAUUAUUGCUGGAAUUUGGAGCUGAUGUGGACCUUACCAACAGUCAAGGUUGCACAGCAUUGAGUUUAGCUGCGUCCAAAGGUCAUUGUGAUGUGGUCCGGUUACUAAUCAGCGCGGGAGCUAAACUGGGACAUGUGGAUACCGCGGGUCAUUGUGCGUUGAUCCACGCUGCACGGGGUCACCUGAAUGUCAUGGGGUAUCUCCUAGGAGCAGACUGGUCCAGUGAAUCUUCAGGGAAUGAAGAAAGUAUCAGUUUUGAUGAAGCUACCCAACAAGCGUUGGUUGCAGCUGCAGGUCAAGGUCAUACCCAGACAGUAGAAUACCUCCUGGAUAUCAUCCCCAAUUUGGACACAGCUUGUUCCCUCACAGGAGAAACAGCUUUAACCAUAGCUGCAAGUAAUGGUUGUCUUGAAGUUAUGUCCCUGUUACUAGAAAAAGGAGCAGGGUUAACCUCAACCAACAAGAAAGACAUGACCCCUUUAUUACUAGCUGUCAAAGAAGGUCAUGGGAAUAUCGUGGAACUCCUGGUGGACAACCCAACCACAACCACCACAUCAGGAUUGUUACUGGAACAAUGUGAUAAUCAAAGAAGAUCUCCUUUGAUGUUGGCAGCUUCCGAAGGUCAUGCUUUGAUUGUGGAACUGUUGUUAGACAAAGGGGCGAUUUUGGAGAAGGAAGAUUCCGAUGGUCUCACAGCCCUUUGCUGGGCCUGCCUCCGAGGGAAACAAAACACCUGUUUGUUAUUACUGGACCGCAACGCGAAUAUCAACCACACAGAUAAAACAGGAAGAACUCCUUUGGACCUAGCUGCUUUCCAAGGAAACCCUGCUAUUGUACAACUGUUGUUAGAACGAGGAGCUAUUAUAGAGCAUGUGGAUAUCAAUGGGAUGAGACCUUUGGAUCGUGCGAUUGGUUGUAGGAAUAUUCAAGUUGUUCAGUGUUUCCUCAAAAAGGGAGCUAAAUUGGGGCCGGCUACGUGGGCAAUGGCGCAGGGAAAGACAGACAUUAUGCUUAUCCUGUUGAAUAAACUCUUGGAAGAUGGAAAUCUUCUCUAUCGCAAGAGUAGACUACGUGAAGCUGCUCACAGGUAUCAAUAUGCCCUGAAGAAGUUCCCUUCGGAGGAUGAGACUGCUUUCAGGCAGUUAAAGUACAAUUUCCUACUGAAUCAUUCAAGAUGCAAGCGGAAACUCAAUGAGUAUCAGGAAGCUGUAGAAAUGGCAAACCAAGCUCUCGAAAUGAAAUCAGACAGUUAUGAAGCGUAUUAUGCUCGUGCUAAAGCUUUCCUUGACUCAGGAGCACCAGAAAGAGCUCUGCAAGAUGUCAAAGAUGCUUUGAGACUUGUUGCUACUCAUCGACCAGAUGUCAGGAAGGUUUUACUGCAUCUGAAGGAUGAAAUUCAGAAAACUGUUGCAGCUAUGCAUAAAAACCCACAGAGAAUCAUCAGUAACAAAGAAUUUGCUCUUUCUGUUGAUACUCUGCAUGAAUAGAUAAACAAAAAUUAACAAUGUGCCUUAAAAUAUCUGUAAAAGACUGAAAUGCACUCUAAUAUUCAUUGUCAAGCAACAAAAACACUGACAAAGUGUGUACAUACAUUUUAAGAUUAAUUUAUUGUUAUAUUUUGUUUUCUCUUUGAGGAAAAUCAUGUAAUCAUUCCCACGAAACGCCUUUCUUCUAAUUUAUGACUGUAACUUAAAUUUUAUUUGUUUUGUUGUUUUGUUUUUGUUGUAUCUUAUUAUGCUACGCUUUAACUACUUAAUUGAGGGUCAAGGAUGGUUUACACUUGACUUCUACAUUACUUAAUCUUAUUAGAAUAUUAUUACAACAUAACUUUUAGUGUUUAUGCUUAGUUUUAGUUUAUAACUUAUGAAACUUGCCUUUAUUGUAUGUAUUGUAUUGGUUUAUCGAUUGAUCUAGGUUAGUUUAUCAAGUUUUUGAAUAAUUUUUACAUAUAUGUAGAAAUUUGAGUAGUUUCAAUGGUUCCAAUUAUCAAUGCAAUAUUAUUUGUUUUAUUUUAUGCUUUAGAUAAGUUAUUUAAAUGCUAUGUAUGCUAUGAUUUUUAUUGUAAAGCAGUAAAACUGCUGUCAUCAAAGGAUUUUUGUGCAAAUUAUGAAAGAUUGUAGUUUUUAUGAACAAUUAUGAGAGUCUGGUGCUACAGAUACAAAUGUAUGGUUUAAAUGACAAUGUAGAUGAAGAAAUAUAAACAUAUUUGAACUUA